AGAAUUACAUGGACUUUGCAAACAGAUUUAAGAAAAUGAAAGUAAAAAUUUGAACACCAUCCAGGCUACAGAGGUUGCAGUGGAUAAGAAGUUUAAAAGCUUUGGUUCAAGAUUACAGGAGGCUGCAAGAAAAAUUAAAGACAUGGAAAUGAGGAUCGAAUGACAGGCUGCUAUUUUGCCUCAGAAUACUGAAGAUUGUAAAGCAUUGAGAAAUCGAAUUCAUGACCCUGGAAAUCAAGCUCAGAUUAAGAAAUGUCAGGCAUUCGACCUCCGAUCAUGAAUGGGCCCAUGCACCCGCGCCCUUUGGUAGCGUUGCUGGAUGGCAGGGAUUGUACAGUAGAAAUGCCUAUUCUGAAGGACGUAGCCACGGUGGCAUUUUGUGAUGCUCAGUCUACACAAGAAAUUCAUGAAAAGGUACUAAAUGAAGCAGUGGGUGCACUGAUGUAUCACACUAUCACUUUAACACGAGAAGACCUGGAGAAAUUUAAAGCACUUCGAAUAAUUGUCCGAAUUGGCAGUGGUUUUGAUAAUAUUGACAUCAAAUCUGCUGGAGAUUUAGGAAUCGCAGUGUGUAAUGUGCCAGCUGCCUCGGUAGAAGAAACAGCAGAUUCUACCAUGUGCCACAUUCUGAACCUGUACAGGCGAACCACCUGGCUUCACCAGGCUUUGAGAGAAGGCACGAGAGUACAAAGCGUUGAACAGAUUCGGGAAGUGGCUUCUGGAGCUGCCAGGAUCAGGGGGGAGACCUUGGGCAUUAUUGGAUUAGGGCGUGUUGGGCAAGCAGUAGCACUACGUGCCAAAGCCUUUGGCUUCAGUGUGAUUUUCUAUGACCCAUACCUCUCAGAUGGCAUGGAGCGUGCUCUGGGACUGCAGCGGGUGAGCACUUUGCAGGAUCUGCUGUUCCACAGUGACUGUGUUACCCUGCACUGCAACUUGAAUGAACACAAUCAUCAUCUUAUUAAUGACUUCACCAUAAAGCAGAUGAGACAAGGGGCUUUCCUGGUCAACACAGCUCGAGGUGGGUUAGUAGACGAAAAAGCACUUGCACAGGCCCUGAAGGAAGGAAGGAUACGAGGGGCAGCCUUAGAUGUACAUGAGUCAGAACCAUUCAGCUUUAGUCAGGGCCCCUUGAAGGAUGCACCAAACCUGAUCUGUACCCCACAUGCAGCCUGGUAUAGUGAACAAGCCUCAAUUGAGAUGCGGGAGGAAGCAGCACGAGAGAUCCGAAGGGCGAUCACAGGUCGUAUUCCAGACAGUCUGAAAAACUGUGUUAACAAAGAUCACUUGACUGCAGCUACACAUUGGGCCAGCAUGGAUCCCGGAGUUGUUCAUCCAGAGCUUAAUGGUGCUGCAUACAGCAGGUAUCCCCCAGGCGUUGUAAGUGUGGCUUCCACUGGCAUACCUGCAGCAGUAGAAGGAAUAGUCCCCAACCCUAUGUCUUUAUCACACGGCCUCCCUGCUGUAGCCCACCCGCCCCAUGCUCCUUCUCCUGGCCAAACUGUCAAACCAGAAGCUGAUAGAGACCACCCAAGCGACCAAUUGUAGCCUACAAGAACAGCAUUCCCAACAUCGGAGAUUUCAACUUCAGCGUGUGGAAAACAAAACAAAACAAAACCCUGGAUUUUGAUUAAAGGCAAAACCAUGAACUUACAGGAGGAGACGAUUAUUGGUUUAGAAACUGGUCCAAUAUACAGUAUAAAAGGAAAAGGUGGGAGACAAAAAGAAGAUUUGGAAACAUUUUUUCCUCCGUAUAAAUUGUAGUUUGUCCCUGUCCAGUGGACUGAUUCACUGUUUCUGUGUCCUAUGGGUUCUUUGUUAAGCAAGAGAAGUUAGUAGUUAAUUAUAUCAUGAAUGUACUUGUCUGUGUACAGUUUUUAGAACAUUAAAAAGGGUUUGUUUGCUUAGCUGUCAACAAGGAAAAACAUAAGGGAGGCAUUCAACAAACCAAUUUUGAGAUUAAAAAUCCUUUCUUUUAUAUUUUAAAACAUGCCCAAAAAUGAGGCAGUUGGCAAACUUCUCAGGACAAUGAAUUUUUCCCAUUUUUCUUUCUACGCCACACAGUGCAUUGUUUUUUCUACCUGCUUGUCUUAUUUUUUAGAAUAAUUUAGUAAACAAAAGAAAAACAGUUUCUCCUAAUUUUGGCAUGAAUUCCCUUAUUUCAAAAUGAAGACAACCUUGCAAAGAGAUUUUGAGGAAAAACAAAAUAAGGUUUUGUAUAAACGAGCAUUGUGCUUUUUGUCACCAGUUAAAGUAUAUAUUAUUGGUGGUAUGCGAAAAAGGCACUAGACUACUGAAAAGUAGCAGCAUUUCAUUGCCUACAUUGAUUCCUUCCUGGUAAUGUGGUAGGCUAGCAAUAUUUUUGGUUAAAAUCAUGUUUGUGACUGUAACCAUUUGUAUGAAUUAUUUUAAAGAAAUAAAAAUCCCAGACAAAUAUCAUAUGUGUAAAAAAUUUUUAUUUCUAGUAACUGUUUAUUCAACUUUUAUUAGGUUUCUUAGCUGUAAUUUUUAAACAGAUGCUGUCAAGUAUUUCAUUUCUAGCUUUACUUUGCUCUCUGUUGUUUGUAAUACUGUCUUGGAAGCUUGAAAAAUAAAAAAAAAAAAAUUCUUUCCAUACCA